GGCUCGGGGCCGCGCAGGCCCGGAGGAGGCCCCGGCCCCCCGCUCCCAGCGGGCGCGGUCGGCGGGGCUCGGCGGCGGCGGGGCGAUGGGGAGCCGGGGGGCGAUGGGGAGCCGGGGGCUGCUGCCGCUGCUGCUGGUCGCCGCCUGGCCGCCGCUGCCGGGGUCGGCGGAGCCCGUUAGCGCCGAGCGGAGCCUGGCCUGGGGCCCCGGGCUGGACGCGGGGCCGGCCCUGCCCGUGCGGUACUUCUACAUCCAGGCGGUCAGCGCGGCCGGACGCAACUUCUCCCGCUCGCCGCCAGGAAGAACACAGUUUAAAGUGGUAAUUAAGGCACUUUCUCCAAAAGAAGUCACCAGAAUUUACACCCCUCGCCCUUUGGAUAGAAACGAUGGCACAUUUCUUAUGCGGUAUCGGAUGUAUGGGAGUGUCAGAAAAGGGUUAAAAAUUGAGAUACUUUACGGUGAUCAGCAUGUAGCUCAAUCUCCUUACAUUCUGAAAGGGCCAGUUUAUCAUGAAUACUGUGACUGUCCUGAAGAAGACCCUGAGAUCUGGCAGAACAUUAUGUCUUGUCCAUCCCAAGAACCUCAGAUUACAAAGGACUUCAUUUCUUUUCCCACCAUUGACCUUCAGCGACUGCUAAAGGAAAUCCCAACAAAGUUCAGUCAAACAAGAGGUGCUAUUGUUCAUUACACUAUUCUCAAUAAUCACAUCUACCGUCGUUCCUUAGGGAAAUACACAGACUUCAAAAUGUUCUCUGAUGAAAUGAUCCUGUCACUGGCAAGAAAGGUUCGUCUUCCUGAUGUGGAGUUUUAUCUUAAUGUUGGAGAUUGGCCAGUUGAGUAUCGGAAAGCUAAUGAUACGCCUGGUCCCAUACCUGUCAUUUCAUGGUGUGGCUCUGUGGAUUCAAGAGAUAUAGUCCUUCCAACGUAUGAUGUAACCCACUCGACUCUUGAAACCCUGCGUGGAGUCACAAACGAUCUCCUUUCUAUUCAAGGAAAUACAGGCCCAAUCUGGGAAAACAAAACUGAGCAAGCGUUAUUUAGAGGUCGAGACAGCCGAGAGGAACGUCUACAUCUGGUCAAGUUAUCCAAGGAAAAUCCAGAUCUACUGGAUGCUGGAAUAACAGGAUAUUUCUUCUUCAGAGAAAAAGAAAAAGAGCUGGGAAAGGUUCCGCUGAUGGGCUUCUUUGACUUCUUUAAGUACAAAUACCAAGUGAAUGUAGAUGGGACCGUAGCAGCUUACAGGUUUCCAUACCUCUUGCUGGGUGACAGCCUAGUAUUGAAGCAAGAUUCCCAGUACUAUGAACACUUUUAUAUUGGAUUAAAACCCUGGAAACAUUAUGUUCCAGUUAAGAGAAACUUAGAGGACUUGCUAGAGAAAAUAAAAUGGGCUAAGGAAAAUGAUGAAGAAGCAAGAAAAAUUGCUAAAGAAGGACAAUUAAUGGCAAGAGAAUUACUUCAGCCUCACAGACUUUACUGUUACUAUUAUAAAGUGCUCCAGAAAUAUGCCAAACACCAAGCCAGCAAACCUGAAAUACGGGAUGGAAUGGAACUUGUACCUCAGCCUGAUGACAGAGACUCAGUGUGCAGCUGCCACAGAAAAAAGCCUUUAAGGGAAGAUCUAUAACUGUACCGGAUGGAGAAAAUCACCCACUUACAAUGCAAGAAUUUAAAUAGGAAUUAAGCUGUGAAAUCUAAGACACUUAAUGCACUAGCAAACAUUCUUAGUUAUGUAUUCUUCUUGUAUUUCCAUAUCCUUUUUCACACUGACUCUGAUCUACAAUGUUGGUUCCCACAAUUUUGUCUCCAUGGCCACCACCAGACAGAUACCGAGCCUGUAAUGGGCAGUGUCUAGGGAAUCUGUUUGAUGUACUGCAUCAUCAGGAAGAAGAGCACAGUCCUGCUCAUGUUCCAGCUGGGACCUAGUCACCAAAGUUUUAUGAGGAACCAGUCAUCCACAAAAGAUCUUCCAUGAGUCAAUGCAAGUUAUUCUAAAGGAGCAUUUGCAACAUACUAAAACAGUGUUAUGAUUUCUUCAUAAAGUUUACCUCACUGUUAGAUUGUUUCUUGUAUACAAAACAAUUUUCUAAUUAGACAAAGAAAAUGAAUAUUUGAGAUUUACAGAUACCAAAUCCGGUGUUGCUCUGAGAUUUUUUUGUGGUCUAUGACAGAUAACAGAAUAGAGAACAUGAUAUAAUAUUUAUCAAUUUCAGAGGAAAAUGGAGAGGAGGGGGAGAGAUGAGAAUAAUAUUUUUAUAAGCACCAUGGCUGUGAAUCACCAAAAUGAAGUGCUGCUUUGAAGCAGACUGUGUAGCUAUCACAAACACAGUGCUUUGAGGGCCAAGACACCACUCUGAAGACCUGUUCCCUGCCAGUGACCAUAUUUGUGAAUAUAGGCACAUGCACAAAAGAACAUAGGAACUUCAGGUGAGCACGGGUGAAAUACUGGUGUCAUAGUUCAACAACACAGUCUACAGUAUGCUAGGCUACCUGAAUAUUCACACAUCUGAAAUUGAGUGAAUUGUUUUGGUUCAAACAUAUGACAGAAAAACCUAUGCUGUACUUUCUAUGUAAUAGUCUAGGGCUUAGAGACCUUACUAAAUAACUGGGAAGCCAGUUGUCCUCCUUGGUUUGAUUCAAAGCCAUUUUUCCAGAGAGUGCCUUAGCUUCAGAGUGGAGAAGAGGUCUUCAGGUCUUCCACUGAAGUUGUGCAGCCAUGAAGCUAACAAUUCAAAAGUCAUACCAUAAAGUGUGCCUUUGGGUGGGGCGGAGUAAUAAUCCUAGUCCUGGAUGAGACUCCCAAUACCUCUGUUGAUUUUUACCCAAGUUUGUCUACUUCAAAAUGCAUAAACAAUCCUGGAAGGAGCCAUCAAUAACAAGACCAAUGCUCACAAGCACCCAUUUCUGUCCUCUGCGUUUUCAUUUUGGCUAAUGUAGGCUGCCUGAGCAACUUCCUACUCAGCUAUACUCAGAUAAUGUCUUUCAUGGUUACCAAAUUCUCCCCAUGCAAAAAGGAAUGGAAAUGUCUUAAGACUGUGCUUAGGUGCACAAAAUCUAGUGCUCUACACCUCAUACAGGCUUCAUUCUUGGUUCUACACUGCAAGUUACUCUCAUGAAAUACAUAAAACAACAUUUCUGCCCUAGAACAGGAAGAAAAACUAGAUUUUUCUGUAUGCUAAAUAUGGAAAGAACUUCAAGUUUCUGAAGAGAUUAAUGCAGCUGUCCAUCAGUCAUUUAUUACAUUAUGCCAGUUCAGAAAAAACCUGAAACACGUUGCUCUAUCCAUCAUCCUCUUUGUUCUGGUUCUAACACUAAUAUAUAUAGAGGUUGUAUUUUUAUUUAGCAUGACAGUCCUAGAACUUCAGACUACAAAUAUAUGUUCGGCUCAUCUGACAAAAUUUUCUACAUCAAAAUUCAGGAACAGGGUUCCAUUGCUGAAGCUGACACUUAAAACUGAGUCUGUGCUCCUCUCCGUAUACAGUCAUUUUUACUGUAUAAUAAUCUUAUUUUGUGAUAUUAUCCAUUAUACCAAGUGCAUUUUAUAUUCACCAGUAUUUAUGGAAGUGGUGUGCUCAGCAAAGGCAAUUAAGCAUACCAGAUGGUUGAAGCAACAAAGUUUUCCACCUCUCACACACAUAUUUCAAACCAAAAGUCCAAAAAUGAUCUGUUUAUAUUUUUAAAAAUGAGAGGGAACAGGGGGAGUCACGAUGCAUAUGUUGGGUUCUUUGGAAGUAUCUGUGUAGGAAAACUUGCCUGGCUUGAAACAGAAGUCUUUCACACUGGAAGAAGAAUCAGAUAAAAUUUAAAUGGUCGUGAAUAUAAAUAAAUGUGAAUAUUUCAUCCCUCCUUUCUUCCCUCAUAAAAAGGAAAAAAAGCCAUUCUAAAUUCAUCUCUGCCAAAAAAUCUCCUUGCUUUUGUAAUAAGCAUCCCUUCAAAGCAAAGACUCGUUUGUCACAGAAUGCCUUACAGAUGCUUUAAUAGCUUAGAGGCAAGAAAUAUCCUGAAAAAUAUGAAUACAUUCAUCUUCCUGCCAAAACUAAAAAACAGUAGAGACAUGGUAGAACUUUCAUUAAAAGUGCUUAGUCAUUUGAGAAAAUCUGGUUCAAUUUUUAACUACAGAUUUCCAAAGAUAAAAGAAGGUAAGACACAGCCUCUCUUCUUUCCAUUGGUGGUACUAUAUGCGAUUUAAAUUGUAAUGAAAAGCAAUCGUAACAAUUGCCCCU